UGGCGGAGUCUGAAGUCGCCUAUUUCAGCUGCCGCGCUGGAGCCGCGUGAGCCGAGCCCACUUGCAAAGUUCUGCAGCGCCACUCAGACACCAUGGCGGACAACCGGGAUCCAGCCAGCGACCAGAUGAAACACUGGAAGGAGGAGAGGGCCGCGCAGAAACCUGAUGUCCUGACCACUGGAGCCGGUAAUCCAGUAGGAGACAAACUCAAUAUUCUUACGGUAGGGCCCCGAGGGCCCCUUCUUGUUCAGGAUGUGGUUUUCACUGAUGAAAUGGCUCACUUUGACCGGGAGAGAAUUCCUGAGAGAGUUGUGCACGCCAAAGGAGCAGGGGCUUUUGGCUACUUUGAGGUCACACAUGACAUUACCAGAUACUCCAAGGCGAAGGUGUUUGAGCAUGUGGGAAAGAGGACGCCCAUUGCAGUUCGCUUCUCCACUGUUGCUGGAGAAUCGGGCUCAGCUGACACAGUGCGUGACCCUCGUGGCUUUGCAGUGAAAUUUUACACAGAAGAUGGUAAUUGGGAUCUUGUUGGAAAUAACACCCCUAUUUUCUUCAUCAGGGAUGCCCUAUUGUUUCCGUCCUUUAUCCACAGCCAGAAGAGAAACCCUCAAACACACCUGAAGGAUCCGGACAUGGUCUGGGACUUCUGGAGCCUGCGUCCUGAGUCUCUGCAUCAGGUUUCCUUCCUGUUCAGUGAUCGAGGGAUUCCAGAUGGACACAGGCACAUGAAUGGAUAUGGAUCGCAUACUUUCAAGCUGGUUAAUGCAAAUGGAGAGGCAGUUUAUUGCAAAUUCCAUUAUAAGACUGACCAGGGCAUCAAAAACCUUUCUGUUGAAGAUGCAGCAAGACUUGCCCACGAAGAUCCUGACUAUGGCCUCCGCGAUCUUUUCAAUGCCAUUGCCACAGGCAACUACCCAUCCUGGACUUUAUACAUCCAGGUCAUGACAUUUAGGGAGGCAGAAAAUUUUCCAUUUAAUCCAUUUGAUCUUACCAAGGUUUGGCCUCACGGCGACUACCCUCUUAUCCCAGUUGGUAAACUGGUCUUAAACCGGAACCCAGUUAAUUACUUUGCUGAGGUUGAACAGUUGGCUUUUGACCCAAGCAACAUGCCGCCCGGCAUCGAGCCCAGCCCUGACAAAAUGCUUCAGGGCCGCCUUUUCGCCUAUCCUGACACUCACCGCCACCGCCUGGGACCCAACUAUCUCCAGAUCCCUGUGAACUGUCCCUACCGUGCUCGAGUGGCCAACUACCAACGUGACGGCCCCAUGUGCAUGAUGGACAAUCAGGGUGGGGCUCCAAAUUACUACCCCAAUAGCUUUAGUGCUCCCGAGCAUCAGCCUUCUGCCCUGGAACAUAGGACCCACUUUUCUGGGGAUAUACAGCGCUUCAACAGUGCCAGUGAUGACAAUGUCACUCAGGUGCGGGAUUUCUAUUUGAAAGUACUGAAUGAGGAGCAGAGGAAACGCCUGUGUGAGAACAUUGCAGGCCAUCUCAAAGAUGCACAACUUUUUAUCCAGAAGAAAGCGGUUAAGAACUUCAGUGAUGUCCAUCCUGAAUAUGGCUCGCGCAUCCAGGCUCUUUUGGACAAAUACAAUGAGGAGAAACCUAAGAACGCAGUUCACACCUAUGUGCAGCAUGGGUCUCACUUGUCUGCAAGGGAGAAAGCUAAUCUCUGAGGGUCGGGGGCCCUGAUCCUGCACCACAUUGCCGUCCGCUUAUGAAGCAAAGCAUGCUGUUCACACCUGUGCCCACUGAUCGCUGGAUGAAGAUUCUCCUGCGCCAGACAUGCAAAUGCAAGUUUGUGUCUGUAAAAUGAUAAUCCAGAUUUCUAUAGCAAAUGAUGUAGCAAUGGCUUUUAAUACUACUUUCCUGUGGGUGAAUGAAGGUUAGGGCUUAACAGUCAUUUAAAAGAAACAUGUAUUUGCUUUUGACAGCUGAUUAUUCACUUAAAAUGACUAGAAUGAAAGUUUCUAGCAGAAAUAUGAUUUUAUUUGACAAGAAAAAGUCUUGGUGACAUUAAUGUUUACAUAUCAUCUCAUGGCCUAUUUUAUAAAAAUAUGACUGUAAUUAUAUAAGAAGAAAAGAUAAAGAUAACUUACUGAGAAAGUUUAAUUUUUCUAGGUUCCCAUGAGGAAGGACACAUUGGUGUCUUUUGAAAAUAACUUCAGCACCAUCAUGGCUUGAUGUUUAUUCCUGCUUUGAAUUAAUCAGAUUUUUUAAAACUUGAAUUACAUUUAUCCUGAUACAGCACUGAUUUUGCAGUAGGCCUAUUUGUAAUUGCUUUUCUUUUUCCAAUAAAAUAAUCUGUAAAUAAAAA